UGCCGGUAGUCGUGUGUGCAAUAAAGAAGAUACCAACAAAUAUUUCUGACAAACAGUCUGUACCCCCCACACCCAAAAUGAAGAUUCUGCCGAGGAUAAUCCUACUGCUGUUCCUGCUUUUCUUCAACACGGUUUCGAGCGAAGCAUGCAAACUCUACUCCAAGAGCAACCUGCGGACCAAAUCGGACGGAGUGCAGUUCCUACGGUUGAAGGAGGACUUCCCCGUCGGUGGGGAGAUUGUCUCACUGUAUGCCUAUCCGCGGAAUUCGAUUCUGAUUGCCAGGACGGACAAUUCCAGCGAUGGGGAGUACUUUAAGCUGAAGGAGGUCAACACGACGGUGGUCAGUGUGAUACUGAACCGGAGCCUGGACCAGCUGGUGGAUAGCGACAAUCCACAGAGCAUACUGAAGUUCAGUGUGUUCUGCAGCGGGACGUCUAUGGCCAUGAAGCAGGAUAAUCAGUCGUCAUUUUUCACAAUUACUGUUUACAUUGAAGAUAUUAACGAUAAUGAUCCCGAAUUUAUCAAUCUACCGUACGCGAUAACGCUGGACGAAUCAACGCCAAUUGAGACGGUGGUGUUUAAUAGAAUUAAGGCAAUUGAUCGUGAUAAGCCAAACACGCCGAAUUCCGACAUUGAGUACGCGAUCGCACCGAAGCAGAUCAAGAGCGGCGAUUUCCCGUUUCGUCUGGAGAGCUCCCAGAAGCCGAAGCUGAUCCUGCAGAGGCCACUCGAUUACGACGCCGGACUGCACUCGAUGAAUGUGCUGGUGAUGGCGAGCGAUCGUGGGAACCCACCGAGGACGGCUAACGUGACGGUCCGGGUGACGAUCCGGGACGUGGACGACAUGCCACCGAUCUUCACCAGAGCAAUUUAUCGCACCAAGCUGAAGGAGUCGUUUCCGAUUACGGGUAAACCGGUUCAUGCACUGAUUCACUUUGAUCCUCCGAUCGGUGCGUUCGAUCAGGACUCGUUGAAUGCAUCGUUGAUCUACAGCAUUAUCGGUGGGAAUGAGCGGAAACUAUUCUGGAUGUCACCGGAGACUGGGAUGAUUUUCCUACAGAAGGAGAUUGAUCUCGAGGCGGAGAAUCUACCGGACAACACGAUGGUGCUGCAGAUCGAGGCUAGGCAGACGAAUAACCCUUCCAGGAGUGCACUUUCCAGAGUCGAGAUGGAGAUCAUCGACCUGAACGACAACCUACCGGAGUUUGAAGUUGAUCUGUACAAUAUUUCGAUCAUCGAAAACCUACCGAAAGGUUUCAGCAUCCUCCAGGUGAAUGCGAUCGAUCGCGACCAAGGUGAGAAUUCCGAGUUUUACUACUACCUGGCGAACGAAGAUCCCAAGGGGGCAUUCGUGAUCGAUCACAUGUCCGGUUGGAUCGUGGUCAACGAUGAGACCUUUCUCGACAAGGAAGCACGAAGUUCGUUGCAUAUGACGGUGAAUGCCAUGGAACGGAUAGAACAGGUCGAUCGAUCGCAAAACUACGGGACGGUUGAGGUGGAAAUCACACUGCUGGACACCAACGACAAUACUCCGGAGUUUGAACAGGGAACGCUGUACGAAUUUAAAGCGAACUGCAGUGCCGCGAUCGGGAGCAAGGUAGGUUCACUUAAAGCAAUAGAUCCGGAUGACAUGGGCAACGGACAGGUGCAGUACCAUAUCAAGAAUGUACGGCCAAAUUUAGCGAUUCCUUUCAAGCUGGACCCAGGUACGGGUGACAUAAAGGUUGCGGAACAGAUGACGUACGGGAAGAUUGCGUUUUUUGUAGAAGCACGAGAUCAGCCCCAGAACCCUUCCGAGUCACGGUUCAAUGUGGCACUGGUAACGAUCGACAUUGUUUGUCAAUCGAUUGAAGAGAUCGAGUUCAUUGGAGCUCCGUACGAGUUCUGGGUGGGGGCUGAUGCUCCCAUUGGUGCUUCCGUGGGACAAAUCCGAACAACGUUCGACACCAACACAGAAGAAGAGAUAUUCUUCGAUCUGCUUCAUUCUUACCCGGAAGGCGUUCCGUUCGCCAUCGAAGAACGAUCCGGGAUUGUGACCGUGAUCGAAGGUUUGGACAAGUUCGAUCGCCGCUGCUACGAGUUUGAAACGGUUGUGUCUUAUCUACCAAAUGCAGAUGGAAAGAUCGUCGACCAACUAACUCCCGAGGCGUACAACAGUCUGGAGAAGAUCAUCGUUACGAACGUCACGAUUCACGUCAUCAAAAACAACUUUAUGCUGCUCAGAGGGACAAACUCAACUCCGAUUGAGUUCAAGAUCAAGGAGAACAAACCCAAUGCGAUCAUCGGUCAGCUCAAGUUUCAGGACUUCCAAGAGCAAUGCGAAGUGGACGAGAAUGGUUUACCUUCGUUGAUUUCAGUGCGAGGCGAUCGAAACCGUGGUGAUCGGCAGGUGUUCAACCUCAAUGGAAAAAACCGAACUCGCUUCGGUCGGAGAUUCAUCCGGGAAGCGAAUCCAGAUUUCAUCCAGUUGUAUCCCCUGGUUGCAUUCGAUGCCAUGUAUACUACCAACAUGACACGCAAAGCUCGCAACCUUAGGAAUUCUCGAACUCCGACCAGUGGUGUCCAGUACUCCUUGAUCAACAGCUACGACGUGUUGGACACCAUCCGUCUCACCAACGAUGGCAAACUGAUGACAGUGAAGGGUCUCGAUCGGGAGAAGCAAGACACAAUCAGGGUAACCAUCAUUGCCGAGUACUUUUACAAGCACCGAACCUUCGCCGGUAUCUACCAGGUGGUGAUCCUCGUGGAAGACGAAAACGAUAACCCACCAAAGUUCAAUCAACCCUUCUAUCUGGGAGUGAUCGCGGAAAACUCCCCCAUUGGGACGGAGAUCGUUCUGAACAACCCGAUCAUCAUCACCGAUCAGGACAUUGGAGUCAACUCCGAGUAUGAUCUGAUCCUGUCGGGUGAAUCGAAUUCCUUCGCGGCUCAGUUCUCCAACUCCACCCUGUCCAACUACAACAAAACCGUGGCUCACAUCUUCAGGAACCUACAGAUUGCGAAUGUCGAUUCGAGCGAGGUACUGAAUCGGCGCGUAGAUUUCCGUUCCAAACCGACCGAAGGGAUUAACGGGUCGACUCCGCAUUACAACAUUCUUUUCAUGGGACCGAACAAGCUCGAUCGCGAAGAGAUCGACAGUCUGCACCUCAAAAUGAUGGCCACUGACCGGGACAGUUUGACUUCGGAAGUAGAACUGAGGAUUUUGAUACUGGACGUGAACGAUAACCCACCGAUCUUUGACAAGAUCGCGAUAUUCCGGAAGAGCAAAUGCGAGAUGUUGGAGAAUACUAGCGAUCUUGAGCUGUUUUACUUGGAUGAACUGGAGACGGAAGUUCUCCCGGGAUUUAUGGAGAUGGGAAAAGAGUCAGCUCGAUUAAGCUACGGGGUGGACAGUUUGUUUGAAAUGGUUCAAUCCGCACCCUAUGCCGGGAUGCCAAGGCUUUUGGACGGGCAGCUGAUGAUGGGGAAUCGAUCGGCGACGAUGAAGAGGAAAGUGUUCAAGCCUAAGGGUAGAGUCAGAGCAGGUGCGAGGGUUACCAGGGCGAUCAGUAAGAAACCGGGAUUGAGGUUUAGUCUUCCGGAGAACGUUGAGAUUGGGAAGGUGAUCCUGAAGCUGACGGCGAGUGAUGAAGACUUUGACAAAAAUUCCAAGGUGAUCUAUGAAAUUGUGAAUCAGGAAGAGAGCCCUUCGAACAACCGAAGCAGCUAUUUCAAGGUUGAUCGAAAUUCUGGUGAGCUGAAGGCAGUGAAGCGAUUGCCCCCGGAGACGGAGAUCAAGCUGAACAUUUCAGCCAAAGACGUUGGAGGACUGACGGACGUGAUCAGUUUGGAGUUCAAGAUCUACGAUGUGAAUGACAAUUCUCCGGUUUUCGAACAGCAGUGGUACACGUUCAAAGUGGAAGAAGGUAGUUAUCCGAUAACUGGCAAAAUGAUCGGCCUGGUGAAAGCAACGGAUGAAGACUUGGGUAUGAAUGGAAAUGUUUCCUAUCUUCUGCUGGCGGAAGAUGAUGCGAAGAUUCCGUUUUCCAUCGCUCCACUGGAUGGAACGAUUCGAGUUUCUGGCGAGAUUGACCGCGAAUCAAUUUCGUCCUACCACUUCAAGGUUCUGGCAUCCGAUAACAAUUUCGAUUUGAAGCUUUCGGCCAUGGUGGAUGUCGAGGUGAUUGUGCUGGACAAGAAUGACAACAGCCCCGAAUUCACCACCUACGAUGAGCUGCACUACGAUCGCAGCAGCAUAAAAAGACUUCCGGUGUACGUGUCAUACAUCAACGUCAACUCCAAGCCAGGAUCCUUCGUCAAGCAGGUUCAAGCAAAAGACAACGAUUUCAAGGAGAACGGAAAUGGAUUGGUGAUCUACUCUCUGACGGGUCAAAGUGAUCUACUCCAGUUCUCCAUCGAUGCCAAGGACGGAGUAAUCACCACGGCAUCCAAGUUCAUUCAACCGACGAGUCGGAAGACCUACCAGCACAUUAACGUAACAGUUGUAGCGUCCGAUUUUGGAACGCCUCCGCGAUCAAGCAAUGCCUUGUUGAUCGUCAAUCUUCAGGGCGAUCCUGAGCGAUCGAGUGCAGUAGAAGAUCGGAUUCCGCUAUUUCCUUACAAAUACUACGAACUGGAGUUGCGGGAAAACGAACAUACUCCUCGGAUUGCGCUGAACAUUACGCUGAACAAGAAAUACGCCAAAGAUAGCUUCCGAUGGACGAUUGUAAACGAUGAAUACGGAGACAGGUUCAAGAUCGAUGAAAAGAACGGAUCACUUUGGUUGCUGCAGCCGUUGGAUCGGGAGGAACAGGAUUCGUACGAGAUCAAGAUCAAGGUGGAUAAGGUCAAGUCUCGAGAAAGUCGAAACAUUCCAAGCGUACUGUACGCGUUGGAGAAUCCAGUCAGAAAGAGGACCCACAAGCUGCACGAUAACGAAGUGGAGAUCUUGAUCAAAGUAAUGGACGUCAACGAUAAUGCACCGAUCUUCAAGGAAAACGAUGGACCGAUCAUUGCCGUCGUUCCUGACCGAGCCAACUACGGGUACUCCGUGCUGAAAGUUGAGGCCCAUGACGAGGACGCCGGAAGCAACGGGGAAAUUCGCUACUCGCUACUUAACGAACCCGCAAGAUUGUUCGAUGUGGAUGCCUUGACGGGUCAGAUUCGCCUACUCAGUUCGCUGGCCAACUACCAGGACCGCGUUUUUGGGUUCGAUGUCAAGGCAACGGACCGAGUAGGCGCUGACGAUGGUCAAUCGACGAUUGCCAACGUGUUCGUUUACGUGCUGAAUUCACACCAGGAGGUCUGCUUGAUUAUGGCCGGAUUUCCGGUGGAGGUGGAAAGGCAGAUGAAUAUGAUUACGGCCAGCUUGAGUCUUGCCACCGGGUACGACGUGCGGAUACGUGCCUUGGAAAGCAACGACAAAGUGGACGAUGCCACAAAUUUGUACCUGUAUGCCAUCGAUCGGAAGUCCAAUUCCGUGGUGGAAAUGGCAGAACUGCAGAGGUCGCUCGCAUCGCUCGAUAUGGCAAAUUUGAAGCCAAAUUUGCCCAUCAUCGAACUGACGGAGCUGUCGUCGAAUGCGCUGGAACCGCAUCCGUACGAUGCCGGAAUGAAGGGCAUCGAACUGGCCACGGUCGUCAUCGGGGGACUCAUCUUUGCCGGUGGUACGGCUACGGCCCUGUGCAUAGCCUGCGCUCGAUAUCGACGCUUGAUCCCACUGCCCAACAUUGGCGGUGGUGGCGGCGGCGGCGGUGUCAUCGGUGGAGGAUCCCAGGAUGUCCGGGCAACGGGAAUGCGCAAUACAUCCUCCACGCUCGGUGCCAACAAUAGCAGCGUUGCCAAUAACAACCAGAACACCGGAAGCAUCGGUGGCAUCGGUCGGCCGAUUACGCGGGUCGACAUCCAGCCGGUGAUCAAUCGGGCGGAUUUGAAAAGUUCCAUCUUUCAUCCGAACUUUCACCGGCAGUUUGUGACAAACAUCAGCACCGAGUCGACGACGGUCGCACCGGUCAAUGAGGAGAACAAUAGCGAUAGCUAUGAGGAUUCGCUGAAGGACUCACUGACGUCCAAUACGAGUCUAUGACGAGAGGGGAACGCUCCCCUUAGCCGGGAGAGCUACUACCGUUGCCACCCUCGCCACAGCCAGCUGUACAGAAUAGCCGAUAGGACAAACCAAAAAAAUUAAACAAACUACUGUUGAGACCCACAAGCAAAAGCCAAUAUUUUCUAGUAUUAUUUGUUGAUUAGUACUUAAGACGUCGGCGGUGUUGAGUGUGAGGACAGAGUGAGAGGGAAACGAGUGCUUUCGAAGUGCAAUCGAAGUAACCAGUGACAAAGAUUUACUGUAAAUAAAAUCGUAUUUUAAUAUGAAAAUUUUU